AUUUCAAAGGUGGUGAAUUAUGUUUCCCUCAGCUCAAGAUUGUAGUCCCACUUCAAUCUGGACAAAUUGUGGCAUUUUCUUCAAAUCUCUUAUUCCAUGGUAAUUUUCCUUUAACUCGAGGAAUCAGGCAUAGCAUUGUGUAUUUUGUUCACAGUGGAUUCUUUCAUCAUAAGCGUGACUUUGCCUUAGUUUAUAAUGAUCUUGAAGCUAAAGUUGAUAGAUGUCCAGGUGGAAAUAUUGCUUCAGAAUCAAUUGCCCAACAAGAUUUUAAUGAUGUCCACAGCUUGAAUCGACUGGUCAGGCUUGACAAACCAACAACAAAACAAACUCAUAUUCCACCUAAAACUUCUGAUAAAAGAUGA